AUGGAUGACUUUUCUGUUAUCGGUGAUUCGUUCGACGAUUGUCUUGACCAUCUAGGUCGAGUUUUGAAGCGGUGCGAGGACACAAACCAUGUUCCUAACAAGGAGAAGUUUCACUUUAUGGUGAAGGAAGGAAUUGUUCUUGGCCACAAAAUCUUUGAAAAGGGAAUUGAGGCUAAGUUCGAGUUCGAUGAAAAGUGUCGCAAGGCAUUUAAGGAAUCGAAAGAGCGACUUACUUCUGCUCUUGUUACUGUGUCACCUGAUUGGUCACUUCCGUUUGGGCUGAUGUGUUAUGCUAGAGGAUUUGCAAUUGGAGCGGUGCUUGGUCUGCUUUACAACAAGAUCAUGCACCAGAUCUAUUAUGCUAGUAACACAUUGAGUGGUGCCCAGAUGUAUGACACAGUGACCGAAAAAGAACUACUUGCCAUUGCCUAUGCUUUCAAAAAGUUCAGGGCUAUUUUUUGGGGUCCCAAGUGGUGGUGUUUACUGACCACGCAGCACUGCGGAGAACUUGAGAUCAAUAAUGCGUUCCGGGAUGAAAGGCUUCUAGCAAUGUCAUGUGAUAUAGCACCAUGGUAUGCUGACAUAGCAUAUUACUUUAUGACUGGGCUUAUUCCUGAUGAGAUCAAGGCGUACCAGAAAUAUAAAUUCUUGAGAGAUUGCUGGGAAUAUUAUUGGGAUGAACCAUACUUGUUCCGAAUAUACGCCGACAACAUCAUUCGACGUUGUGUUCCCGAAUCUGAGGAGAUGGAUAUCUUGGCCUGCCAUGACUUUCCUGUUAGGGGUCAUCAUAGUGGAAAUCAUACAGCAUCUAAGGUGCUUGAGUGUGGAUAUUACUGGCGGACUCUCUAUCAUGAUGCAAAUUUGAUGGCGAGGACUUGUGACCAAUGCCAAGAAUCGAUUGCUAAGAGGCACGAGAUGCCUAUGAAUUUUGUGUUGGAGGUAGAGCUCUUUGAUAUUUGGGGCAUUGAUUUUAUAGGGCCCUUUGUGAGCUUAGGUGGUAUGAAAUACAUCUUGGUGGUUGUCGACUACGUCUCAAAGUGGUUAGAAGCAAUGGCUUUACCCAAUAAUGAAGGGAAGAGUUCACCAGCUUUCUAA